AUGCUUCCCAAUGAGGCCCUUGCCAUCAUGAAUAAGCACAUUGAUGUCAUGAAGGGCAUCGCAAUGAGGCUGGAUGAAAGCCUAUCAGCAGCAGGCAAAAUGUACUCUGUUGCCGACCUCCGUGAGAAGGCCAAUGCGGCCAUUGCAGCAAAAAACGAGGCUCUGGUCAGCAUUCUGGAUGGUGAUCUGCGCAUCAUCUUUGGGAGAGCAAUAACACAGACUUGGCUGCCUGACAUGCUCAACCUGAUCAGGGCAAAGAAGCGAGGUGAGCACGAGCUCACUGUGGCAACUUUUCGCAAUGCCGACAACCUGGACCCUCGUCCUGCGGUGUUGAGAGCCGUUGGCGGAUCGGGUGGUGCAGCUUCCGAGUCGGAGAGUGCGUCAAGCCGAGCAACCUCUGCUACGCCAGCUUGUGCAGCCACGGCAAGCUUUUACGACGGUUUGAUGGACAAUCAGGGGCAGUUGGACACUUUGGAGUCCCAUCAGGAGCACAAUGACACCUUUGAGUCUGCAAAUCAAGGCAAUGACUCUCAGGCAUCAACUCAGCCAGCAAUUGCUCCUCACCUGCCGUCAGCAUCUGGCCACCAACUCCCUCGUUCGUUGUCUACAGCUGCUUGCACAACAGGAGACGACAUUCAUAAUGAACGCGCGCACAUCUCCAAAAUUGUCCAGCUCAUGCGUGAGACGCUCAAGGCUGAAGCUGUCCAGCGCAAGGCCGACGAGGAGCGUCGCAAAGAGGACAUUGCCCGCGAAGCCAUUGAAUGCCAACGUGAUUGCAAAUUGUUUGCUGCUACCAUGCUGCAAGCCGUGCGCAUGCUGCCAUCGGAACCAGGAUCAUGCGCGCCAUCGGUGCCUGCAAGGAGCCAAGCCACUGCGACACCAAACGACGCGAUGCUUCCACCUUUUCCUGGUCGGCGCGUGUUGGCGAGCGAGGAAGAGCGUCAAAAAGUCGAGCGCGUAAGCGAGGAAGAGCGUCAAGAAGUUGAAGCGCUCUUGCAGGCAUCCGGCCCUGCCAAGCGCUUAAAGCGCACUCCUCUCUCCGUCGAGCCAUCAACGCGCCAACUGCGUCCCCGCCCCAAGUCGAUGCGCUGACUUUGCGCGAGGCGAUACCUGCGUGAGGCAAUGACUCUGCCUGCGCGAGGCGACAACUUUCUGCCGCUUGUCGUUAGGCUGCCAUACUGCCGCUUGCCAAUAUGCCUGCUUGUUCUAACGCAGCAAGUCUCCACCCACCUGUAGAUAUAGCACUCGCGACGCGUCACCCUCAAUCGAGCGCAACAUGAAUCAGCGCGGCCCACUCAUGACCCCUUCUUGAGCGUUCCAUUGCCAUCCGAUUUGUCAGUCCCAUUGGCUUCAAAGAGGUGCAAGCACCGCGCUGGCGACGCCUGAUGAUGAUGUGAACCGCAAUGACAAUGUGAACCGUGAUGACGAUAAGAACCGUGAUGACGAUGCGAACCGCAAUGACGAUGCAAACCGUGAUGACAAUACAAACCGUGAUCGCGAUGCCUGA